AUGUUCAAGAAACGGGAGCGGCCGCAGGCGACUCGCGCUCGGGAUGACGCCCCAGAGGAGGACACGCAGGUGGCGGCAGGCGAUCUGGUGGCCAAGAGGUCGCGGCGAGGCACUGUGACAGCAACCUCCAGCACUAACGAAGGCGGCACAAUUGCCGCCUCCUCUCGGAAAGAGAUGUCCGAGAAUGCACGCUUUGCGGAGCGACAGCAGGACGCCGUGUUUUCUGGCUUCAAGGCCAGCGGCUCCACGGAGAACACGCCGUCCUCCGAUGCUACUCGCCGACUGGAAGUGGACACCGAUGUAAGUCAAGAUACUCGGGCGAUCUUGGAACGGAACGACGAGAUCAACAAAGGCCUCAAGGAAGGCAGCCUGGAGAAGGGCGUGUACAGAGGUAUGGGCGGCUACCAGCGAUAUGCCAAUCGUAGUGAGCACGCCAUUGCCAACUCCAAGUACACAGGUCUGCUAGGACCCUUGCGCAGCAGCCUGAGUAACGUGCGCAGCACCCUGCGCAUCGAGUACAUCGGCACCAGUGGCGAGGGUGGCAUUUGCAAAGACUACAAGGAGACGGGCUACUGCGGCUUCGGGGACUCCUGCAAGUUCGCCCAUGACAGGUCGGACUACAAGCCGAGCUACAUCCUGGAGCAGGAAUGGGAGGCCAAGCAAAAGGAGAUCGAAGCAAAGAAGCGCAAAAGGUGGGAGAAGAAGAUGGAGAGGCGAAAGAAGGCCGAGGAAGAAGGCCGGGCUCUGGAUGAAGAGGACGACUCCACCGUCAGCUCAGAGGACACUGAAGAGGAAGAGCUACCCACAGAGUGCUUCGAGUGCGGAAACCUGGAAGAGGUGCAAGAGCAUCGCAGUGCAGACCACUUGCGGGCACUACUUUUGCGAGGACUGCGCCAUGGCAGCCUUCGCAAAGUCACCGAAGUGGAGGUGGCGCUGGGCCCGCUCCGCGUGCGGCUGCGCUGCCCAAAGCUGCGUGCGGCCUUUUUUUCAAGGAGAGAUGGACGCAGGCACAGGAGGAGGCCUGGAAGUCGGGGCGCCAGAGAACAGCCCAGGCGAAGGCUCCGGGAGUGUGCCAGGUCGGCUCUGAGAGGCCAAAGAAUGGGAAUGUUCCGACUGCGGCAUUGGUUACGGCGCCAGCGCCAGCUAUGCCCAAUCUUGGCCAGGUUCUGCUGUUGCCGCCCCCUUGCCGGGCGACUCCGCCAGUGCCAGGCGCCCAUCCCAAGUCGGCUGCAAGACCGAAACUGCCAGGGGCUUUCUCGAAGGCAGCGCGCGUCUGAGGGCGCGAAGGCACACAGAGCCUUGGAUUGGGCGAAUUGCGGGGUGCCGGCGAAUGUGGUUUAG